AUGAGACAGCAAAUAGCAUUGAUUCUUAUUUUCACUUUGGUGCCUACAUCAUUUCUUACAACAGCGGAGAAGAAUGGAAAGAAACAAACUGAAGCGCUAUACAACUUUUACACGAGUAAGGUCAGGGAGAAUAGUAAGAUUGACACGAGUGAUUUCAAUCCAGCAAGCAUUGAUUUUAGUGAAAUAGAAAUUACAGCGAAAAAAGGGAAGAAAGAGAAUGAGAGAAUAAAGAGAUUGCCUGGACAACCAAAGGUUGAGUUCAAGCAAUACGGUGGAUAUGUGACCGUUGACCGGUCUGCGGGGAGAGCUUACUAUUACUACUUUGUAGAAGCCCACCACUCUCCCCAAUCAUCACCUCUUCUUCUCUGGCUCAAUGGAGGACCAGGGUGUUCUUCUCUUGGUUUUGGAGCAAUGGAGGAAGUCGGGCCUUUUCGGGUUCACAGCGAUGCCCGGACACUCUACCUAAAUAAUUUCUCAUGGAACCAUGCUGCAAAUGUGCUAUUUUUGGAGUCGCCGGCAGGAGUCGGGUUCUCGUAUUCGAAUAGAUCAGCGGAUUUGAAGAGCACCGGAGACAGAAGAAGCGCCGUCGACAACUACAAUUUCUUGGUGAAUUGGUUGGAGAGAUUUCCUGAAUAUAAAGAGAGGGAUUUCUACAUUGCAGGAGAGAGUUAUGGUGGCCAUUAUAUACCACAAUUGGCACAAACCAUUCUCUGCCACAACCAAAAUCCUCACCAUAUUAACAACACCAUCAUCAAUCUCAAAGGGAUUAUUAUUGGGAAUCCCACAAUUAACGAUGAGACAGACUUAAAAGGGAUGUAUGAAUAUUAUGAAAGUCAUGCCCUCAUUUCUAGACAGACUUUGAACCGCAUCUUGAGAUACUGUGAUUUUACAGACAGCGGAAAGGGCUUAUCAACGCAAUGCCUCAUUGGAAUUCUUGAAUCCGAAAGAAACACUGCUGCUCUCGACGUUUAUAAUAUUUAUGCUCCAACUUGCAACACAUUGCCAAAAACUAAUCAGGCAAUGACUUUUGAUCCAUGCACUGACCAAUAUGUGCAUACAUACCUCAACAGACCUGAGGUUCAACAGGCUCUUCAUGCUAAUAUCACCAAAAUUCCAUAUGAUUGGCAAGCAUGCAGCAAAGUGAAUGGAGAAUGGCAAGACAGCCCCGCAACUGUCAUACCUCUUCUCAAAGACUUGAUCGCCGCGGGUCUUCGAGUUUGGAUUUAUAGUGGGGAUUUGGAUGGAAGAGUACCAGUUACUUCAACAAAACUUUCAAUUCAACUCUUGAAACUCAAUCAAACAACUCCAUGGCUUCCUUGGUACAUUGAUGACCAGGUUGGUGGGUAUACACAAAUAUAUGAAGGAAAUUUAACAUUUACAACCGUGCGAGGAGCAGGACAUCAAGUGCCUAGUUAUCAACCUUCUCGAGCCCUUUUUCUUAUCAAGCAUUUUCUUCAUGGGAAACACCUUCCUACUUCUACAAACUUAACUCUAUUUUCUUCUUCUCAUUAUUAACUUUUAUAA